AUGUAAAAAAUAAGUGAUUUACCAAAGAGACCUGCAAGAUCAUAAAGAUUGGAACAAAUAAGCAGACGUAUAAAUCUGAUAUCUAAUCACUUUCCUAUAAAGUUUAUAUAGUAAAAUCAAGCGAUUAAUAUUUACGCAAUUGAUUUUGAUCCACCAAUAGCAGAUGAUGCAAGAAAAUUAAGAGAAGAAAUAAUUAGAUAGGCAACUAAAAAUCUUUAAAUUUAAGGACUCACAGAAUUCACAGUAAUAAAUAUUAAAUUGAUUAAAGUUAAGAGGAAAGAACAUCUGGUCAUCUUUUAAUAUCAAAGAUCGUCUAAUUGCCAAAGCUACUUUUUAAGAAUAAGAAUAUAUUGUAAUUGUUGAACACAAGAAGGAAUACACUUUACAAGAUCUUUCAGAAACAGUAACUAAUCCAGUUACAUAAUCAAUAAAUGUUGCAGUUAAAAAAUCAUUAAAAGAGAUGGGUAUGAUUGAAAUUGGUAGAUAAUCUAAAUUCUAUGAUCCAAGAAAUAUUGAAUGCAAUAGAGUAUUUAUAAUAAAAAUACUAGAUUAAUGAACAUGGUUUAAAAGUAUGGAGAGGAGUCAAGACUUCCUUUUAAAUAUAUUAAGGAAUGCCUUUUCUCUAAAUAGAUUUUGCAUCAAGAGUUCUUAGAGAUCAAACUGCUUUACAAUUUAUGUUCAGUUUAAACACUAGAAAUAUUUAAGACAUAAAAAAUGAUAUGAUUGGUUUGAGUGUAUUAGCAGCCUAUGGAAAUUGUAGAAUAUAUAGAAUAGAUGAAAUUGAUUUCAGUCUAUCACCUUUAAAUUCAUUUUAAUUAUAAGAUGGAAAGUCUAUCACUUAUUAAGAAUAUUACAAAUAAAGAUAUAAUAUAUAAAUUAGAGAUCUUUAAUAACCUCUUUUAAUGUAUAGAGAUAAAAGAAAUAUAGAUAAAAUAGCCUAUUUAGUACCUGAAUUAAUGAUUAUGACAGGAUUGACUGAUCGAUAAAGAAGUGAUUAUAAAUGUAUGUAAAGUGUUGCUAAAUAUACAAAAUUGACACCAUAAUAAAGAGAUGAUGAAAUAUAUGGAUUCUAUUAGAAUCUAAAAAAACAUCUUAUUAAAUAGAAUAUUCAAUUAAGUGAUGAUCAAAAUGUUAGUGGUUUUUAAAUUCAAGCACCACGAAUUUAUAUGGGUAAUAAAGAAUAUUAAACUGAUUAAAGUGGAUUUUUUAUGGUAAAAGAUCCUGUCUUUUAAGGAUCUCAUAUUCAAGAUUGGUUUAUGGUUUAUUAAUCAAGAGGAAAGAAUGAUGAUGAUGAUGUUGAUUUUAUAGUUUAAGAAUUAUAAAAAUAAGGAGAAAGAAUAGGAAUUAGAAUAGAGAAACCAUAUUAUGUUAUGCUUAAAGAUAAUAAUGUAUAAAAUUGGUUAUAGAGAUUAACAGCUGAAAUUGGAGAUAAACCUCCAUAAAUAAUAGUUACUUUUGUUAAUGAAAGAGAUAAAGAUAGAAUUUAUGGACAUAUCAAGAAGUAUUGUUUUCAAGAUUAAGGGAUAAGUCAUCAAAAUAUACUUAGUAAAUUCUUAAAAACAAAAAAUCCAUCUAGUGUUGCUUCAAAAAUAGCUUAAUAAAUGAGUAUUAAAUUAGGUAAUCCUUUAUGGACUAUUCCAAAACCAAAUGGAAUUUCAGAUAAAACUAUGAUUGUAGGCAUAGAUAUAUAUCAUAAAUUAUUAUCUAAUAAGAGAUCUUGUAUGGGAUUUGUUGCUUAUUUGGAAUCUGAAUGUUUAAAUACAUUUGCAAAACCAAUAAUUAUGAGAGAAGGUUAGGAAUUAUGUCAUGAAGUAGGUAGAGCAAUUGUAGAAGCUAUUUCUGCUUAUUUUGAAAGGAAUGGAAAAAAAUAUUUACCUGAUACUAUAAUUGUAUUUAGAGAUGGAGUUGGUAAUGCUUAAAUUGAAGCACUUAAAUAAACUGAAAUAUAAUAAAUGAAAAAUGCAAUAAAAAGUAUCAAUAAGAAUUAUAAUCCAUAAUUUGCUGUUAUUAUGAUUAAUAAGAAAAUUAAUGAUCGUUUUUUUAUGGUUAAUGGUGGAGGAUAAUAAUAAUAAUAAUAAAAAAUAUAACUUACAAAUCCACCUUCAGGAACUGUAAUUGCAGAUAAAAUUACAUCAUCUUAUUUUGAUUAUUUCAUUACUGCUUAAUAUGUUACAUAAGGUACUUGUACUCCAACUCAUUAUAGAGUAUUAGAAAAUACUACUAAUUGGAGUGAAGAAUUAUUUUGGUAAUUAACUUAUUAUUAAUGUUUUAAUUAUUAGAAUUGGACUGGAGCAGUUAGGUAUUUAUUAUAUUAUUAAUAUUUAGAGUACCAUCAUGUGUAUAAUAUGCACAUAAAUUAGCAUAUCUAAUUGGAGACACUUAUUAAGGAAGUAUUCAUAAAAGAUUGGCACAUUUAUAAUGUUGUCUAUGA